CACGUGCGUGCGACUCGUCCAGGAAGUCGGACUCGUCCUCGGAUCUCUUCGUGAAGUGUUUCUUUUAUCGUAUGCGAGAAAAUUAAGGGGAAAAACGUAAAAAUUAACGGAGAAAACACACCGAGAAGAGGACAUCCCGAGACGAAGUGCGCGAACGUGCACGAAGAAGCGCGUUCGCGUUCUCUUCUCUGUGUGUUUUAACGAGAUAAUUGAAGAAAAGAUUAAAAAAAAAAAGAGUCAUCAUCGUGCUUCUUCUGGGACAAAUCUUCAAGGAUGAUCUCCAUAUUUAAAGAGUGCUGCGGCCGAUUGCCGCAACGAUGGAUAUUCGCCAUUAUGGGCUUUCUGGCACUCAUGAACGCUUACACCAUGAGAAUAUGUCUCUCGAUCACUAUUACGGAGAUGACGAUUCCGAUACACCACAAUUACACGGACAACACCUGUCCGAGGAUCAAAGGAGAAGAAGAGAAGAACAUAAGCACUACCGAUCGCUACGACUGGGACGAACCUACGCAGGGUCUCAUUCUCUCGUCCUUCUACUGGGGCUACGUUCUCACGCAUCUGCCGGGCGGAUUGCUGGCUGAGAAGUUCGGCGGCAAGUACUCUCUCGGCAUCGGUAUUCUGUCCACCGCGAUUUUCACACUGCUUACACCGUUGUCGGUCUACUGGGGCGAUUGGAUCGGUUUGCUGCUGCUCCGUAUCCUCAUGGGUCUCGGCGAAGGUACGACUUUCCCAGCGUUGAACGCCAUGCUCGCGCAGUGGACACCGCCCGAGGAGAGGUCGAUCAUCGGCUCGUUGGUGUUCGCCGGUGCUCAAAUCGGCACGGUGUUCGCCAACGUGAUCUCCGGCGAGAUUCUGCAUCAGUGGCACUCAUGGCCCGCUGUCUUCUACGUGUUUGGCGGAAUUGGCGUGCUGUGGUUCGUCGUGUGGGUGCUGAUCUGUUACAACAAUCCGUACGAACAUCCGUUUAUUUCCGAGCGUGAGGUCAAGUUUCUGAAUGAACGCAUGAACGAGCACACCCACACGAAAGUGCCGCCCGUGCCGUGGCGACACAUGCUCACCUCGGUACCGGUCUGGGCGCUGAUUGCCGCACAGAUCGGCCACGACUGGGGCUUCUUUACUCUGGUCACCGAUCUGCCCAAAUACAUGAGCUCCGUUCUCCAUUACUCCAUCAAGGACAACGGCUACGUUUCGUCGUUGCCUUAUCUCGUCAUGUGGUUCUCCAGCCUCGCGUCGUCCUGGGUGGCCGACAAGAUAAUCACCAAGGGCGUUAUGACGCGCACCAACGUGCGGAAACUCGGCACGACGAUCGCCUCCAUCGGUCCGGGCGUUUUCAUCAUCAUCGCCUCGUACGCCAAAUGCGACCGAACGCUGGUUGUGGCCAUGUUUACUGUUGGCAUGGCUCUGAUGGGUACUUUCUAUCCUGGAAUGAAGGUCAACGGACUAGAUCUCAGUCCCAAUUACUCUGGUACUCUUAUGGCGAUAGUGAACGGCAUCGGCGCGCUUAGCGGUAUUGUCACACCGUACAUCGUCGGCACGAUAGCGAGCGAACAAACACUGACCCAAUGGCGGACUGUUUUCUGGAUCGUUCUGGGUGUCUUCAUUGUGACAAACAUGAUCUUUGUGAUAUUCGCCAGUGGCGAAGUACAAUACUGGAACGAUCCCGAGUUCGUGUUGCGCGACAUCGAACAGAAGAAGUCGCCCGAUGCGGAGAAGCAAACGUCGUCCGAGGAAGCGCCAAAAAAGUCUACCUUGCGCUUAUUCUCACGGUCCGCCUCGAAAAGUUAAACGCUUCGCGCGUAUAACAUAUUAAUUAGACUCUUCUUCUGAGAAAUCUCGCGCGUGUCCGCGCCCGUGAUUUCUCGUUCUUCUCUAUGAGACACGUUCUCAAGAUUCCGUCGGUUCCGUUUUCGUCGUCGAUUCUCGAGAAGAAUCUCAUCGACAGAUCGCGCGUUCACAACCUUCGCGCGCGAAAUCCUUGAACAAUAAUUGAAGCGUGACAUUGAAUCGACGUCGCGAAUGUCACAUCAUCUCAAAUGCACGUCAACGCGCAGACAAAUUUGUUUUAUUCCUCCGAAAGGACGAACUGCGGUAAUCGCGGAUUAGACUAACGAAAAUUGUACAUAUUUAGAAUUAUGUAUAUAAGAGAUAUAAUAUAAAAUUAAAUAAAUUAUAUAAUAUAUAUAAGUAAUAUACAUAAAUUUAAUAACUUUAAUUUAUAUCACACACACACUUAUAUAAAUCGUCAAUAUUUCGUCGCAGUCAUGAAAAAAAAAAAAAAAUAAAGUCGAAACAGUCGAUCUCUCCCGUGAUCUCUUACUAUCUCGAGAUGAAUCUUUUUUUUUUAUGACGAUUAAAGAGCGAGAUAUUGGCAAGAGUUAAUUAUCAGAUAGACGAACGGAUGUUGAACAUUUUAGGCACCUUUAUCUUUCGCAACACGUGUAAAACACUAAUUGCGAAAAUCGCAAUCAUAUAAAUAUAUCACAUGUGUAUAAAAACGAGAUGAUGUAUUAAAAAACGGUGGUUUCGGCGGGAGUCGUUUGCACGCCCGCUGAAAGCCGCAAGACUUUACGUAAUACACAGUCAUUUUCUUUCUUCGUAAUCGCCUCGUUACAUGUCACGCCUAAUUACACGUGUGUUUAAAUUCCAUUUGUCGUAUCACCGCAAUCCAAAGCAACCAUGUGGAAGCUAAUUUAUGCGCGCGCGAUUAUUCGCAUUCUUUCUAACACCGAUUCGUCCGAUCGUGCCUUAUCGAAAAUUGUACGAGGCACAUUUAACAAAUUGCAUUGUGAAAUAUUACAAUUGCUUCAUCGCGCUUCCGAUAAAAAAAAUUAAAAAAAAAAAAAAAAAAAAAAAUCUUCCUCGUUUAACAAUUCGUCGUAUCAUGAAACACGCAUCAUCGAACUCUUCGUAUCUCUCAAGGGCGUCUAUCUCGCGAAGAUAUGUAUCAACAUACAAUGGGAUAGUUCGCGACAUAUAAAUCAAUAAAUUGCGCUUUUAUCGCAUUUACACUUGACUUGAAUUAAUUCGUCGAUAAUUUCGCGUGCGCGCGUUCCACGCUUGUUCUGCGAAUUCCAAAAUCGAUCCGGCUUAUCUCCCGUUGUCAUCUCCUUUCUACUAUUUGAUAUUAACACAAAUGACACAAAUGACACUAACACAAACCCACCCACCCAGAUCAGAUUUUGGUUGUUGUUUAGCUGAUAUUUGCCGAAAGGUGCUUACGAUAGAAAUUUUGCAAAAAAAUAUGAUACGCUCACGUUCGAAAUUGUCGAGAUGUUACGCAAAUUGAUAAUUGCGCGGUCGAUUACAUACCGUGUAUAAUCAAAACCGAGAUACAGAACAACAAAAUCCUUCUGUGCAACGAUAUUUUUGAAGCAAAAAAAAGAUCGGAUAAGAUAUGACGUAUGUAAUAAAUUCAUGUCAAUAUAUAAUCAAUUAAUUGCGGCACAGCCAAACGUUUAUUAUCGUAUAUUUGAUAAAGACGAGAUGCGUCGUUUGAUUAUAGCCGCGUGUAAAGCGAUCAGUAACAAAUAAUUACGUUAAAUAUUUAAUACAUGCUUACACCUCAUACUUCUCAUUAUUUCAUAUCAAAAACAAUCAGAUUUCAGAAGUACAUAUAUCGGACCCAAGUGUUAUAUUACACUCAUGACAAGAGUUAAUUUGGACGUAAGUAAUCCUAUUUACGAUAUCCACUUCUUACAAAAGAUUGAAACUUAAUAUUCCAUAGCGUAAUUGAGAAAACACGCAAUAUCAAUCUCGCGAGAAGAUCAAAUGUCAAUUCAACGGAAGAUUACGCAUCACUCAAACACUGUUUUUAAUUUUCUCGAACCAUCGUAAAAUAUAAAUUUACAGAACGUAGGUAUGUAUUGCAUACAUCGUUACCGUCGCGAUGUGACGGCUGCACAACUAUCCGUAAUUACACAACAUGCGUUGCACACGAUUUUUUUUUUUUUUUGACGAGUUUUAUGCUAAGUGGCGUAUACUUUGCGAAAUAAACGUGAAUCUAUCUGCGGAACGUGUGUUUUUCUGCAGGAAGUGUCUGCGUGUUCAGUAUAUUCGAGAGAUAUGUGUUUCUAAAACAGUGUACUUAAAAGAGAGUGUUUUAGUAUUAAACGUUGUGUUUUAAUAAAUUAUUCAAAACGGA